AGAGAGAGAGAGAAGAAGAAGAAAUUAAAAAUGGGGAGCUGCUGGCCGAAGCCCGUUGAUAAUCUCCCCACUACUACUAACACCAGAGCUCCCAGCCCAGUCCACAGUAAUAGCGAUGCGAAGACGAUGAAGAACCGUAGCCAGAACCGUCCUCCGUCGACAGAUCGCGGCGGCGGAGGGGCGGCGGUUCCGGCGAGCGGGGAGAUCGUGAUACCGAACCUGAAGGCGUUCAAAUUAGGGGAGCUGAGGAGCGCGACGAGAGAUUUCAGACCAGAUACAGUGCUCGGAGAAGGAGGGUUUGGGACGGUAUACAAGGGAUACGUUGACCAGAAGACAUACGCACCGUCUAGGGUUGGAAUUGGUAUUCCUGUUGCCGUCAAAAAGUCCAAUCCUGACAGUGAACAAGGCCUCAAAGAAUGGCAGGCAGAGGUAAAAUUCUUGGGAAAAUACAGUCAUCCAAAUCUAGUAAAAUUAAUUGGUUACUGUUGGGAAGAAAGACAGUUUCUCCUCGUCUACGAAUAUAUGCAAAGGGGAAGCUUAGAAACUCACCUCUUUAGAAAGGGUGGUGAGCCAAUUCCAUGGGAUAUAAGGAUGAAAAUAGCAGUAGGAGCAGCUAGAGGGCUUGCUUUCUUGCAUACUACUGAAAAACAAGUCAUUUACAGAGAUUUUAAGGCCUCCAAUAUUUUACUUGAUUCUGAAUUCAACGCAAAGCUAUCGGAUUUCGGUCUUGCCAAAUUAGGUCCGGUGGACGGGAAUUCGCACGUUACGACCAAGGUUGUCGGUACUUACGGGUAUGCUGCCCCCGAGUACUUGGCUACAGGUCAUUUGUAUGUGAAAAGUGACGUGUACGGUUUCGGGGUGGUAUUACUGGAAAUAAUAACGGGUCUACAGGUACUGGAUCUGAACCGACCCGGUGGGCAAACGAAUCUGGUGGAUUGGGCCAAGCCUUCGCUACCAGACAAAAAGAAGCUGAGAAAACUAAUCGACCCGCGGUUCAUGGGUCAGUACCCGUUUAAGGCUGCAAUCAAAAUAGCAGAACUCAUACUAAAUUGCAUCGAGCCCGACCCGAAACGUAGGCCCGAUAUGGAGGAAGUGUUGGACAGCUUGGAAAAAAUUAAUACCAUUUCGAUGAAGCCCAACGAAUCCAAGCCCAAAACCCAGCUGCAUGCCAACCACCGCCACCACAGCCACGACGGGAGUGGCGGAGCUAGAGGCAGCGGUGGCGGCGGCGGCGGACAUCGGCAAUAUAAUAAUUUGAAUGGGGCUCGGAGUUAUUGAUGGAUUUUGAAUUGGGCUAAGCUUGUUCACACGUUUUAUUUUAUUUAAUGGGCGUAGAUAUUCUUUCACAAAUGGGCUUUUGAUUUUUUUAUUAGGCCCAAAUUGAGUUGUUACUGUUUGAUCUUUUUUUAUUUGUUUUAUUUAUUUA